GCUGGUGUAAGACUGCUGCAUGUACAAAUUAUGCGCUAAAUUUAAAAACCAGCCCCCAACUGGACACGUGGUUGAAGGCGGAAGCAGUUUCGCGUAGGUCAUGAGUUGCAGCAAUGUAUUUCAUUCAUAACACACAAAUGUACUCGUUGUUUUAAUGGAUCCUAAUCUGUUGUACUGGAAAAGCGAGGGACAGUCUUUCCUCAGUCGACUGCAUAUUUGGGCGAAUCUGCUCGAUCCAACCUACCUGCUCUCCUCUGAUGCUGAAAUACUGAAGGCCCAUGCUUCUCUUGGAAGUGGAGAGACAAAUGAAGAGGAUGUGCCUGCAAAGACCCUCUCUCUUUCGUCUGUGCAUGCUGGCUCUGGAGCUGUUCUUCCUCUAGCUUUCCGCCCUCCAGCAUUUUUGUUAAUAUCUGCACCGUUGGUUCUUGGCAGCUUUUUGCCACAUAGUAGUGUCAAACCAGCUCUGUUUUGGCAGUUUCUGCUGCAGAGUUACAGUGCUGGGUUCAACUAUGCAAACAGAAGCUCUUCACCAGAGCAGGAUAAGAAGAGGCAUUUCAAAGAGCUUCUGUUGAUCACAGGAACAGUGUCCUGUACAACAUGUGCAGGGGCCCUUCCUCACAUUUUCAUUAAGCAACUCAGUAUACAAAGCCCACCGCUCCGGACGUUCUUUAGGUCAAUAUUACCAAUCCCACUCUCAGCUGCUCUGGCCUUUUUCAAUGUGUAUACUGUCAGAAGUGUGGAGUCAGAAACUGGGAUCCAAGUGUUCGAUACCAAUGGAAAUCCUGUCGGCAUCUCUAAAGCUGCAGGAGAAAAGGCUGUGACUGAAACUGCGCUGUCAAGAGCAGCACUUUUUGGUAUGACCGCUGUCAUUCCUAAUCUGCUGGUUUUGCUCAUACGGGGAACAAGACCUUUCCAUCACAUGAGUGUUGUGGUUGUUCUGGGCCUGAUGAUCCCUGUGUCAUUCAGUCUCUUUCCACAACUGGAAAUGAUAAAGAAGGAGAAUUUGGAGGAGGAGCUGCAGGCUGCAGCAGGCAACGGACAUUUGUUCUAUCACAGAGGACUGUGAGAAGCUGCUUAAACCAAGUAGAUAUGUUAAGAGACCUAAAGUGCAGUUAGUGGAUAAUAAAGGUGUUAUUCAGCAACAUGCAGCUGGAAACAUAAAAGCAGUUUUGUCUCACACUUUCUUGUAGAAUCUUUUGAGAAACCAGAAACUGUUUUUUUAUAGUAAAUAUUUGUAAUUGCUAUAUUAAUAUACUUGUAGAUAGGAAAUAUUACAUCUAUUCAUGAAAAUACAUUUAGUUUUAUGAACAUUUCUAUGUAUUGCAUUGUCUUAUAUGAAAUACUGAGGCACAAAACCAUCCGUUUAGCAAUGUGGCUGAAAACGUACUCAACAGAAAAACAGUGCUUACUAUACAUUAAUAAAAAAAAUACUGAGAACAUGAAGACACACACAAUGUAAAUCAGUGGAAGCAUAGAUUAAUAUUUGAUCAACUGCAGAUUUGAGAAACAAUUCUUUUCUAUUAGUUUUCUUAAUAAAACACUGUUUGAAAAACCUACCACAACUUUGUUUAUAUUUCAGUUGUGUGGCAUUAGUCAUUAGUAAAAUACAAAAGGUGAUAUUUAAAAAUGAAAAUAAACCUAUGUUGUACAAAGUCUGUUGCAGUUGUGAUUUAAUAACCGUAUACAACUAACUCAUUACUAAAUCGUGCUUGUUAUAUCUGAGUCAAGAAUCCCAUGGAAAGACCAAAACCAACAAUGUGUUAGUUUGUCUUUAAAAACUAAACUCUGCUCUCUGUAGCACUCAGCCUUAAGCCCAGUGGAUCCUUCUAAAGAUUU